AUGGGGCUGGUUUCGUGGCUCGGUAGAGCCCUGCAAGGGCUGAGGGGCCGGGGGAAGAGCCCAGCACCGCGGUCCAGGGGCAGGCAGCCCUGGCAAACGAGCUGGCCAGAGGAGGAAAGCAAGGCGCGGGAAUUGGCUCGCAGCGCUGGCGGCUUCGUGCUGGGCAUAGCCCUGGCCAGCCUGUACGGGGCUCUGGUGCUGCUGGCGCAGGGCCACAACGUCUGGUACUGCCUGGUCACCACCGCCAGCCUGGGCGCGGGGCUGGGGCUGGGCAUGGCCUUCUCUGCCAAGGUGCGGGUCACCGUGCUGCUAUCGCUGCCCCACAUCUUCACCAGUAAGCAGCCGUUGGCCCUGCCGCGGGGAGCUGGGGGAGGGCCGGCAGGGUGCUGGGUCCCAGCUGAGCCCCAGGACCCCCCGUCCCCCGUCCCCACAGAGGAGGGGAAGAUGCUGCUGCUGCUGCUGGCGCUGGGCAUGGCCGUGCAGGGCCCCUGCACCAACAUCCUGCAAAACUUCUCCCGGGCCGCCGAGUCGCUGUCGUGCGGGGCCGAGCUUGCCCUCAACCAGACGGCCGAACGGCUGCAACGUGCCCGGGAGCCGCUGCUGACCGUGCUGGCCAAAAUCAAGGACAUCGCCCAGAAAGCCAAGGUGGUGGGCGACCACGUCCGAAAGUUCUUCCGCUCCAUCAUGGACUCUGUCAGCCACGUUGCCCGAGCCCUGCGCAACGUCUGGCUGUGGCUGGCGAAUGUGGGCAAGGUGUGCAACCAGGAGCUGGGCACGCCGUACCGCCGCUGCCUGCGCCUCUUCAGCGAGGCCAAGGACAACUGCGAGCGCGCUGUCCCCUUCCUCUUCUUCCUCUGCUACAUCAUCAUCACCUUCAAGCCUCUCUGCGGUCUGGCCAACUUUGGCUUCCUCUUCUGCAUCAUCCCGCAGUACCUCCAGUCCUUCCUCAAGAGGAAAACUGCAACCCCCCUCAGGGCCGCUCUGGACCGCGUCCGCCGGGAGUUUGAGUUCAACAUCUCAGCCGUGCACCACUUCGACAUCAGCCUCAACGCCAGCAAGAGCCUGGGGGAGGUGGCCCUGGACAUCAUGGAGGGCGUGCGCCUGCGCCUGGAGCCCACCCGCCGGGUCCUGGGGCUCUUCACACACAUCUCCUUCUUUGCCAUCCUCUACAUGUACAUCCAGGCGCUGCGGUACCGUUACCGGUACCUGCGGGAUGACACCUUCGACAAUGUUUACAUCACGCGGCGCUUCGUGGAGCUGGACCUGCGACGGGCGGAGCAGGGCAAACCCACCGUGCUGCCCCUGUCAGGCUGGGAGAGUGGCCGCUAUAUCCCCCCAGCUGCACCGUGGCUGUCGCAGCAGGAGCGGCGCCGGUAUGGACUGCAGCUGGUGGGGGUCCUGCGCCACGUGCUGCUGGGGCUCAGCAUCGUCCUGGCCGACUACAGCCUCUUCUGGCUGCUCGACCUCAUCCGGCACCAGCUGCAGGGGGAGAUCAUUGCCAGGGCGCCGGCGGUGAUGGGUGUCAGCGUCAACGGGACGGGCUACAUCAGUGAGAUAUUCCGGGACUUGGUGUCUGCCUUCGACACGCUGCAGCAGGGCAACGUCUCAGUGCUCUCCCAGCGCUGCCUCCUCCAGCCUGCGGAGCCUGACUACAGCACCUACCUCAGCAUGGGAAUCCUGUAUGGCAUCUGCCUCUUCAUCGCCAUCUUCGGCAGCCACGUGGCACGCCUGCGCCGGGUGGUGUGUGCCGCCUACUACCCACGCCGCGAGCAGGAGCGCACGUCCUUCCUCCACAGCACCAUCCUGGCAUGGCGGGCAGGGCUGGCACGUGCCCUGCGCCAAGCCGUCAUGCGGCGCACGGCCGAUGCCGGGCAGGGCAACCUGCUCCUCUUCCUCACCGCCAGGCUGCCUGCCGUUGCCCGCCUGGCUCGGUUCCUGGGCAUUCAGCAGAAGCGGUGCCUGGCCUGCGGGAUGACGGAGCAGCCAGACUUCAUCACGUGCAUCACGCCUGCCUGCAAAGGGCUGUAUUGCAGCGAUUGCCACCAAACCCUGAGCAACGUCUGCUCCGUCUGCAUGGGCCCCCUGAGCUACCGAGACACCGGGGACGAGGAGAUGGACUCCAGCGAUGAGGAGACAGUGGGGCUGUGGCUGGGCGCUGCGCGGGCGCUGCGGGGACAGGAGCAAGGGCGGCUGCUGCGGCAACGCAUCCGAGAAGUGGCGGGGGGCCGGGGGGGUGGCCGGCGACUGCCCCCUGAGCUGGCAGCCCGGCUGCGUGCCCAGCUAAAGGAGGAGGAGAGCGGGGAGAGCGACGGGGGCGGCAGCGGCGUGGACAAUGAGGACAGCUCGCUCUCCAGCCUGGACUUCUGCUACCAGGAGCAUCUCGAGAGCAGCGGCAGCGAGCUGGAGGAGGUGAUGGCCCUGUGGCCGCCCGGCAGCAAGGGCAGGGCCCGGUGA